AUGUCAUACCAAAUUACUAAAAUCACUUCAGGUGAAUUGAGAAAUGGUAUUGUCAAAGGUAUAAAAACAUCAGGUGUUAUCAACAAUUCAUUUGGUGCUGUAAACUACACAAUCAAUACUAGUAACACUAGUAAUAAUAUAAGUAAUGGAAGAAGAUCAUAUUCAAGCUCACUUUUUGAAGGUGAAGCAAUGGGCGGUGGCGAUAACAACCAACCAAUAACAAAGAAAGCAAGAUCACAAAUCAUUAGAGAAAAGAAACAAGCUGAACAGAUUGAAACACAAAAAGCACAAGUGUUAGGGGAAGCAUUAGAUAAAGAAUACGAUGAAAAAGUAUACGCCGGUCAUUACAAUGAUAAAAUACGUGCAAAAUACACAUCACAAUAUAGUGGUAGAGAUUUACCAUACAUUCACAGCACAUUGGAGAUGUUGACCAGUGGUAGAGCAAUCGAAGAGAAAAUGAUAUAUCCAAAAAGUACAUUUAAAAUCGUAAAAGAUAGACAUGGAAAAGAGAUAUACGUGAAGACAAAUAAAGAGGAUCUAGAUGAUUUCCUUGGGAGUGGUAGAAAAGGAGCACAAGUAAAUUUGGAUAAUAUUAGAUUUGAGUUUGUACCAAAAUACGAGCAUGUACUUCAUCCAGAAAUCGCAAGAUUAUCCAAACCAAAUCAACAACAAUUCAUUAGAAUGGUGGAGACCAUCUCUAGAGUUUUCUCCCAACUCGAUCAAUAUUUAGAGAAUUAUCGUGAACAAUUCACAAACAAUGAAUUGACCUACUUUGAAACCGCUUUGAAAAUUUUACGUGAAGAGUAUUUGACAAAUCCAGAAUUUAGAAAGUCAUUCGCCAAAGAUCAAGCCGCUGAUGCCGCCGCUGCCGCUGCUACUUCCACUGCCGCUGCUAAUUCCUCCUCCUCACCCUCAUCAUCAUCAUCUAUAAUUGGUUUAACAGAGUCAGAAGUUCAACAAGCAAAUAGAGAUGUUGAAAUUUUAUUAACCAAUUUAUUAAAGGAUUUACAUACUAAAAAGAUGAAAGCAGGUAUUAACUAUGAGAUUAAACGUUCAAUGAAAAGUUUUACACUCACACCAGAGGACAGAGAUAUUAUAGAGGAGGGAGCCUAUCAAGAGAAUCCAGAUGCCACCUAUGAUCAAGCUGCUGCCGAUGCAUUAGGCGAAGAAAUCGAUGAGAUUGAUCUCGAGAUUUUCGAAGAUGAUACAUUGGAACGUGGUCGUUAUUUAGAGUUUGAUAUGAUGGCUUAUCUCAAACAAAUCGAAUCCACUCAAGCAACACUCUACCUUCACUUAAAAUCACUUCCAACCGUAGAGGAGAGAAAAGCAGUGAUCAAAGAUUUCUCUCAAUUUAAAAACAUUAGAGAUUCAAUUAGAAAUCAAAGAUUCGUCACAUCAAAAGAGUCUGGUCAAUCAUUGAAUGAUUUGAUCACCUCUCAUAUGACAUUCAUGAACACUCAUGAAUCUAUCGUUCAAAAAUUAACAGAAUUGGAAACAAUCGUUGAAGAUCCAGAAAUGGUUCAAACUAAAUUAAAUCUUGUUGAAGCUAUUAAAUUAAAUACAACUCUUUCACCAUUGCAAUUAUUUGAAAAAUAUAUUGCGCCAGGUGCAUCAAGGGAAGAUAUUGCCAUGGAAUUUGGUGAAAAAUUUGUUAACGAUAAAAAUAAUGAUAAUAAUGAAAGUCGUCAAGUUGAAAUCGAUGAAUUGGAGAGUUCAGAAUUUAAAAAUAAACUUGAACAAUUAAAAGCAGCAAAACAAAAAGAAGAACCAAAAAAAGUUUUAAAUCAAUUAGAACAAGAAUUAGAGAAUAAAGAUAAAGAAUCAGGUGAAGGUGCUGAAGUUGAUGCUGCUGCUGAUACUCAAGGUGUAAUUGAAUUACCAUCAAUUGAUGAAUUAUCAAAAUCACCAGAGUUAAUUGGUUAUUUGGAAGAGCUCAACCAAAACAUUGGAAAGUCUAAUUAUCCAAUGUAUGAAAAACAUAGAACCUAUCUUUUAAGAGAAUUAGAGAGACUCAACGCCGAUAGAGAUGCCAAAGUAAACACAUGGGAGUUUGGUUCACUCACUGAACAAUUGAAACAACUUUUAAUUAAAAAUGGUGCCGCCUUUGAAGACCUUGGUAAUAGAUUCGAUGAGUUGACCACAAACGUUGUCAAUUCACCAUUUUCCGCUAAAUACCUUCCAUUGACUCCAGAGGCAUUGGUAGAGAAAGAGAAACAAUUGGACAAUCUCAAACAAUUACUCGAGGCUAGAAUUAAAUCAAACUAUACUUUAAAGAAGGGUGAGGAGGUUGAACAAAUGAUUAGAUUACGUGAAGGUAUUCAAAUGUUUAGAGAGAUGGGUUUAGACACCGAUAUGGAACUCAUUGAAAAGACUAUCUUUGAAGAUGGUGAGCUCGAUACACCAAGCGUCAAUUCCAUUAGAGAGUCUGAUAUCUUUGAGCCAGUUCAAUUGAUAAAAUCCCUCUACAAAUUAGGUCCACAUAGAUUCGAAAAUGCCGUUCAAAGUCUCAAGAGAUUACCAUCCAUGGUUUACUAUUGUCAAUACAUUAACGAUCGUUUCUUAAAUACAAAUGAUACCUUUAUCGCUCCACUCGAUAUCAAUGAGCCAACCUUUGAAAAAUUCCCUCCACUUUUAAAUUAUAAUGAUGAUUAUGUCGAAGGUUUGGAGUAUGCAAUUCCAAUUUUAAAUUAUGAUGGUCCUAAAACACUUUUAAAAUUAGGUACUGUUGAACAUGAAGAACUUACCUUUGAUCAUGAAAAGGCAGGUGUUGAAUUAGCAGAUCAAGAAGAAGAAGAAGGAUUUUUUGAUGUAGAAAAAAUACAAGAAGAAAUGAAAGGCCAAGAAAAAGAACAACACCAACAACAACAUCAACAACAACAACAACAAGAGGAAGAUGAAGAAGAAUAUGAAAAAGAAGGAUAUGAAGAGGAAGAUGUAGAAGGACAUGAGGAGGAAAAAACCACUAAAAUUCUCGGACUUGAUCCAGUAAGAAGGUUCGAUGAAGACUAUGCUGAAGAAUCAGAAAUAUUAUCUCAAUUUAGCAAGAAAAAUAGAACCUUUUUAGGAGAAGGUAGUUUAAAUCAAUUGGGUGACGUUUAUCAAGAUCCACUCGAACUUAUCCAAGAUGAUAAUGUUGUUGACCCUGGUGAUGUUCAAUUAUUCGAUAAAAAGAUCGACCAAUUAAUCUCUAGUAGAGAAGCGGCUAAUAUUGUCACAGAAUCUGAAGUUCCUAUUACUGAUCCAACUCAAUUUAUUAAAUAUCAUCCAAAAGCCAGAGGAGAAUUGGUCAGUAAAGACGAUGAAGAAUGGGUCGAUAAAAUGCAGCAAAAACUAUCAUCAGGCAAUGAGAGGGAUGACGACGAAGAAUAUGAUUAUGAUGAUUUUGCAGAGGUAGAAGAUAAAGAUCCAGUCAGCUUGGAGGAAUACAUGAAAAUCGAUGAAAAGCAAAAUCAAAUUUAUGAAAAAUACCACAGUUCACUUUCUCUUAAUAAAAUGAAAGUUCGUGAAGAAUUCAUUGAUCAAAUUCAUCUCAAUAGAAUGAAUCAAAUAUUAAAUGGUAAAGAUUAUAAAAAUGGUUUAAUCAAUUUGGAUGAAAUGAUCAAAGAAUCAAUCGUUGAACAAAGACAAAAACAACAACAACCACCAUUAUCACCAGAAGAUUUAAAACUAUUAAAAGAUGGUUUACGUGAUGAAUUUGAAUCCAUUCAAAAAGAUAUUGAUCAAGUUAUCCUUGAAGCUAAAAAUAUUAAUGAACUCUCUAAAAUGAUGGAAUCUCUUAAAAAAUCUGAACUUCUCCAAGCUGAAAAAGAAAGUAAACUUGAAGAAGAAGAAGAUGACGAAGAAGAAGAAGAAGAAGAGGACAAUCAAGAAUUAGAACAACAAAAAGAAGAAUAUAGUCAAGAAGAAGAAUACGAUCAAGAAGAAUAUGAACAACAAGAAAAAGAUAUGGAAGAUAACGAAUCAAAACUUCAAAAAGAAAUAAGUGAUCAAUUGGAACAAGAAGAACUUAAAGAAAUAGAAGCUUUAAAAACGAAAAGAGAUUUAAUAGAUGAUGAUGUAAUCACACUCGAGAAUAGAUUUAGUGAAUGGAUAAAUGCUGAUAAUUUAGGUGUAAAUGAAAAUGAACUCAAAAAAUUAGAAAGUAAUAUUAAAAAUCCUGAAGAAUUAAACUUUCCAGAAUUGUUAGAUGACCGAAAGAUUAUAGUCAAAGAUCCAAAAUCAAUCUUAAAAAUGAAAGAAGGAGCACUCAAACAAUUAAAAGAUAAUUGGAAUAAAGAUGUACUCGUGUUGGAAGCUGAUGAAUUAGUUAAUCCAAAAACCGUAAGAGCAGAGGACACUGAAUCUAUCCCAGAUGAUCUUACUCUUACCGAUGAAGAUGAUCAAAAUUUAGAUGUUGAAGAUGCUGGUGACGUUGAUUUUGAUGUUGAAGAAAAUAAAACCGAUACAAAACUAUUCAUCAAAGGUGAUGAUAUCCUUGCUUCUCAAAAAGUCGUAGAAGAUCAAGAUAUUGAUGUUCUCCUCAAUAGAGAUAACCAUACUGAAGUUAGUGAAGACAAAGAAGAAGAAGAUGAUGAUGAUGAUGAUAUAGAUAACAUUGGAAUCUCAAAUUUGGAUGAAAAUUCCGGUUCAGCCAUUGAUGCCUUUAAAAAUCCAAUUUUAUCUGUUUCAGAAGAAUCAAUUUCAGAAUUCAAGCCACCAUCAACAUCAGAAGUUACCCGUACAGAAUCUGAAACAUUAACAUUCACCUUGAAGGAAUUAAGUGAAUAUGAAGAGGUGAUUCAUCAACGUAAACUUUUAAGAAUUUAUCGUUCAUUCCCAAACUUUGGUAUUUCUGAUGAGUCACAGUUCAAAACUGAUGAACUCAUUUACGAUGAAGAUGGUGAUAACGAUUUCGCUGAUAAAUUAUUCCUCAUGGAAGUUAAUACACUCUUAAACAAAGGUAAUAUCAUGGAUCAAGCAAGCAGACCAAUCUUUGAAAAUCAAAAUGAUGAUCGUUUCAAUAAUGUUGGUGCAGAUGAAAGAUUGGCCCAAGAGAUGGGUUAUGACAAAGAUGACCUUUACGAUGAAGAUGAAUCCCAAAUGACUGAAGUCGAACAAGUAUUGCCACAAGUUCCAAAUUCCGAAAAUGAUAUGGCAGCCGCAAGAGCCUUUGAACUUGAAAUGCAAACUAAAGAAAUUCAACAAUGGCGUGACGUUCCUCGUCUUGAAAAUGCAAAGAUUGUCGAUAUCUCUCGUCAUGUUAAAGUAACCACAGCCGGUCGUGUUCAAUCUUUUUCAGUAACCAUUUUCAAUGGUGAUGGUAAUGGUACCGCUGGUAUGGGUUAUGGUAAAGGUGAUAGUGCAUCAUCUGCCUUAAGAAGAGCUUUCAAAGAUUCCGAAAGAAACGCCUUCAGUUUGGAUAGAUACAACCAUCUCACUCUUCCAUCUGGUUUAGAUUUCAAAUAUAGAAGUACCAAAGUUAAAUUCAUCAAGAGUAGACCAAUGGAUUUUAUGGAUCAUCGUGGUAUUAAACCAAGUCUCAUCUUACCAACUAUCGGUCUUCAUGGUGUCACCUUUAGAACCUAUGGUAAGAAAGAUUGGAACUCUGUCUUAUUAGCCAUCCAAAAAUGUCUACCACAUUAUACAAAUCCUCAAGAAGCUGCUCGUAUCAUGGGUAAGAAAUUCGUAACUCCAAAUAGAGAAAAAGCUCAAAACAAAACUCUUCAUCAAUUAUUAAAAUCUAAACUCGAAACCAGAAAUAAUGAUCCUUACAAUUUAGGUAUGGUUAGUAAAUUCCUCUUUGAUGUCGAAGAUAAACCAGAUAUCAAUGAAAUUAAAGAACGUAGAUAUCAAGAAGAAAUUGAUCAAUUAUUCGAACGUUAUCCAAUCGCUCCUUCAACACCUUUCUUGGGUGAUAAUGUUGAAGAUUUUAAAUUUAAAGGUAUUAAUAUUAAUGGUAAUGGUAAUGGUAAUGGUAAUCGUAAACAUAUUGAUAAAAUGCAUCAAAAAGGUAGAAAACAUGGACGUAAUACAAGAAAUUUAUAA